AUGUGGAAGAGACCAUAUGGGAUAAAUAGGAAUAUUCUAAAUGGUGCGGUAUUCAGGGAACCAAUCCUCUGCAAAAACAUCCCUCGACUUGUCCCAGGUUGGUCAAAACCGAUAUGCAUAGGCAGACAUGCUUUUGGUGAUCAAUAUCGAGCUACUGAUACAGUAAUUCAAGGAGCUGGAAAACUCAAAUUAGUAUUUGUACCAGAAGGGACGGAUCAAAAGAUCGAGUUCGAGGUUUGCAACUUCACUGGUGCUGGUGAAGUAGCUCUAUCCAUGUACAACACGGAUAAGUCUAUUUGUUCUUUCGCUGAAGCUUCUAUGAACAUGGCUUACCAAAAGAAAUGGCCACUCUAUCUUAGCACAAAGAAUACCAUCCUUGAGAAAUACGAUGGAAGAUUCAAGGACAUAUUCCAGGAAGUUUAUGAGUCAAACUGGAAGUUGAAGUUUGAAGAAGCUGGGAUCUGA